UAUCUACUACAUGUAUUUGAAAUAAUAUUCAAAAUUUAAAUGGUAUUUGUACGGAAAUGAUUUUACUUGAAUAUGGUAGUUGCCGGAGUCUUGUUACCCUGGACUGUAUUUGUCCAGAUUGUGUCGUUGGACUAAAAUGGCGUUAAGGAAUGCACCACUAUGCUUUAAGUGCUUCAGCAGUUGUCCUGAUGCAGUGACUAUAAAUACUAAUAUAUACAGUUUAUUAUUCUACAGUGAGAGAGAGAGGAUGGUAAGAGAGCUCUGUCUCCUUUCUUUGCUCUUCUUGUCCUUGCUGCCUUCUGCUCAAAGCCUCCUCUGGUUUAAUAUUACCAGACCCUACGAGAGGGGGGCACUCUGUAAUGACUUCACUCCAGCUGGGUAUUUCAUUCGUAGAAAACCCAGCAGCGAUAAGUGGCUCAUAUUCCUGGAAGGAGGUGGUGGCUGUAACACUGUUACCAGAUGUAAUGAGAGAUUCAUAGACUCCAGAGUUAGGAAGGAUUAUACCAGCCUAAGCUCUGAUGGUAGCUUCACUGUUGAUGUGCUAAGGGCUUGGACUGACCACUCAAGUGAUCCUCUCUCAGUGAUGUCACCUCUAAUGACGUCACUGUGGAGGUUCUCUUCAAGAAAAGGACGUAAUUCAACCUCCUGGAGCAUAGAAGGGAGGGACCUCCUCUCCAUUGACCGUGGGUUAAACCCCAGUUUCUAUGACUACAACCACGUCCUCGUCCCAUACUGCAGCAGUGACGUUUGGCUAAGGUCAACUGAUUUCAGUAAUUAUACACUCGGCUUCACUUUCGAUCCACUUGCGACUGAUAACCAGUUCACGUUCCGUGGUGCCAUUAUAUACAAAAGUGUCAUACAUGAUCUCUUUGUGUACCACGGUCUCCGUCGAUCGGUUGAGGUUAUACUGGCCGGUAGCAGUGCAGGCGGUAUUGGAGCUAUGUCACACGCACAAUGGACACUGGACGAACUUGACUCAACCACUAAACUCUCAUUGAUUGUUGAUUCCGCCUGGUUUAUUGAUUUUAAAAAUACGAUUGAUGAACAAUUUUCCGGAGAAAUCGAGGCUGACCAAGAGAACAAUACCUGCUCUAGCAAAGAAGGGGACAACCCUUCAUUAUGUGUAUCAGCUCCUUACCUUAUCACUAAUCCCGAUCUAUUUCCUAACGUACCAAUAUUUGUCGUUUUCAGUCAAUACGAUCUAUACAUACUAGCUCUCUCUCUUGCCGACAUUACAGUCGGUCCUGCUGGUAUUAUUGAGCUAAUGCGUAUUGUCUCAGAAUAUAGCGGCUCUAUGGAGGCCACCAGGCAAUAUGCAUCCCUGCAUUUCGGGAAUUUGAGUUAUUACGUAACAUCAUGUUUUCAUCAUGUCUACUUUGCUACUAGUGAACUGUGGGGAGAUGAGACUGCUAUACUGGGUAAUGAAGCUGUGGAUGAGUCUUAUAGAAACAACCGCUUUGUACACAAGGUAGAGAGCAACAUAUGGAGGACGUUUACUCUCUCUGGUACUAAUACUAACACUACUUCUGUCACCAUAUCACAAGCCAUACAAGAAUGGCUUACAAAAAAGGACCACGGUCAAGUGGUCGGGUACACUGAAUCAUGUAAUGGCCCACGUUGUAACCCUCUCUGUCCAGAGGACAUAAUCCUCGGCCAGCUCGGACCAGUCUGGGGUAGCAACAUCCAGCUGGGUGUGUGUUUGAUCGUAGUCAUGGUCACAGUUCUUUCUUUAUGCGUUAAACUCUCUUUCUUUGUUUGGUAUAAAGUACUGCAAAGGAGGCAGAGGAAAGUCAUUGAGAGUGAAGAAGUUGACCCCAACAAAGGACUGGAAUCAAAUUUGCCAAUAUGUGAAGAUAGAGAUGCCAUAUCUGUAUCCUGUCUGAACCUCAGAUAUUCUGUGACUUUGAGUAAAUCUGCCCUAAAGAAAAGUAGUGGUACUGAUGCCCUCAACGCUCAGAGAGUCAAACGACUAAUGUCAGUGUCAGCUGUAGUGAAUGCCAGUUGUGUUGGAGGGGGCGGGGUAAAGGGGAGGGGUCGAUACAGAGGACGGAGUGGAGCAGGUUCCGCUGAUCCUGAGGCACCUGAUGAACUGGAGGAAAUUGAAUUUGUUGGAUCUGCUGAGAAUAAUGACAUGUUGGAUUCAUUGCAAGAGUUUCAGAAAAGACACGAAGGGAAGCAAAAGAGAACAGGAAAGCUAAAACGGUACCUGUCAGAGAGGACAAUCAAGAGCAGCAAGGGUAGCAGCAAAAAGAAGGAAAUAAUAAGAGGAAUAUCGGCUUAUUUUAAUCCAGGGGAGAUGAUAGCAGUCAUGGGGCCAUCAGGUUGUGGUAAAACAACGUUCAUAGAUCUCCUAGCCGGUCGUCAGAACCUUGGUUCUUACCAUGGUAGGAUAAUAGUGAAUGGUUGCCCGAUAGAGAGAGUGAGGGAUUGGUACGUCUCCCAUACUGGGUAUGUGCUCCAGCUGGCUAGUCCUUACUAUGAGACACUCACAGUGAGAGAGAACCUGACACUUGCUGCUCAAAUGAGGCUACCCAAGUCUUGCUCUAUGAGCAACAAACUAAUGAGAGUGGAACAGAUAUUAAGAGAAACUGGUCUCAUUAGUUUAGCUAAUACAGUUGUUGGUGCUAGCAUUGGUCCAGGGCUGAGUGGAGGACAGAAGAGAAGACUAUGUGUUGCUCUUCAGCUGCUCAAUAUGCCUAGCCUCAUCUUCCUGGAUGAGCCAACAUCAGGUCUUGAUUCUUUAUCAUCACUUGAACUAUUGACUCACUUGAAUAACAUUGCUGCAUCUAAUAGAACAGUAAUACUGACCAUCCAUCAGCCUCGACUGGAGAUAUACCACAUGUUCAGCCACAUCAUACUCCUCUGUCAAGGACAGGUUGCAUAUCAUGGCAUACCUGAUAAUGCCUACCAGUUCUUUGUUACUGCUCACCUCAACGCCACACUCAACAUAACAAGACUUAAAGAAAUGGAGACAAAGAACCCAGCUGAUAUGAUAGUUGACAUGUUAGCUAGUGAGGAGUCACGUAUGGCCAUAUUGGAUCAUUAUAAAAACACACAGGAGUCACAGAGGAUAAAACAAGCCAUCAAUGAAUGUGUGGCAGGAACAACUGAUUCACAUGGAUACAUGUACAAAGGAUCUUCUGAGAGACCCAGCCAGUUUGAUCAGGUAGCUGCUCUCGAAGCCAGAGCUAAGAAGAAGUCUUCAUUUGGUCACACGAUAUACCUACCAGUAAUAUUCUUCAUGUAUGGAUUUCUAUUAGGCUCUGUGUUCCCUUCCACUGGUAAUGCUACGUUCAUUUUAACUGGUUUUGGUGUAUUCUCUUGUGCUAGUGGCCUAUUCAUGUUUCCUGCUAUAUACAACUACCUCUACCAAGCAAUGGAGAUAUUUUCUCUCGAGUAUUCUGAUGGCAUUGGUCAUACGUGGCAGCUGGUGUUUCAAACCUUCACUAGGUUUGUGAGCAUAUCAGCUGCUCCUGUCAUCAUUGGAGCCACUGCAGCUUACAUCCUUAUAAUUCCUCACACUCAGUACAAUAUCAUUGUCUUUUAUCAAAUUAUAAUCUUCAACCUUGUACUCAAUCAGACCUGGAUAGCUCUCCUCAUCUGCAUCAUUACGGCUCUCCCUCAAUAUGCCCACAGGGUUUCUCCCGUCCUAUCAGCCAUCGCCGGGUUCGCUGGAGGGUUUUUCAUUCCUCCCAGUCAGAUGCCUAGAUGGUAUUCUUGGCUAUUUUAUAUCAAUCCCAACUUUUAUGGUUUUUCUGCUCUGAUGCGUGUCAUUCUCCCCAGCCUUUCCUUAGACUGUAGCUAUGAGUCUUCACUUGAGUGUUAUCCUACAACUGGGGAAUACCUCCUCACCUACUUCAGUAUGGAUCAAGUCAAUCCAAUGCUACACGUGCUAUUGCUGUUAUUGAUGAGUGCUAUACUUCUCAUUCUCUCUUGGGCUGCUCUAUUCCUUCGUCAUGCUAACACUAGCAGUUUUGUUAAGAGGAUAAGGAACAGGAAAAACAAAUCUUUUGUUUGUGUGUCUUCAAACGAGGCUCGGAUCAAAGGAGAUGAGGAGACUCAGGCAGAAACCAAACCGGACGAUGAACAAGAAACUGAAGUACCCACUAACGACCCAAAACAAGCUGGUCCAAAAGUAUUCGAUCGUACAACAUCCUCCAGUUCAAUGCUACAAGAAGGCCAAGCUCAUGAAGUGUGGGCUCCCGGGCGAAGGAAAUCAGUAAAUCGUGCUUCGUUCAUCGGUCAUAACAGUCUAGAGAUGCGUAGAAAGUCCCUCCUCCAACGUGUCAAUAGCAUUUGCGUAGGACCUCCAGGAGAAGAGGGAAGGCUUGAUAGGAAGCAAGGGAAGUCUCGAGUACCUAAUAAAGAAACUCUUGAGUUACGGAGAAUGCAAUGGUCGCUUAUCGAAGAGAAAGAUGAUGAAGGCAGUCAAAUGAGUUCCGUCUCUUCGUCUGUGAGUAGCAGCUUUUUGGCUAAGACCCCGUCCAUCAUCGAAGAGGAGGAGGAGGACUCUGGCCCUGAGUCUGUCUUUCUUUCUACUAGCGACUCCUUUCGUCCCCCUCCUCUCCUCUCUAAGACCAGCAGUGUCUCGUAUACAAUGUACUCUAUACAAGAGGAGGACCCUGACAGCGAAAGUAAGACCGUCAUUAGUAACACUAUCGCUGAAGAGGAAGAAGAAGAAGAAGAGCAACAAACAGAAGAGGAAGGAGAGAAUGAUCAAAUGGAGAAAGGAGAUGAGGGAGGGGAUCAAGAAAAAGAGGGAGAGGAGCAAACAGCAGAGGAGACAGCGGAAAGAAAGGAGAUAGUAGAAGAGGAUAAGAAGUCCGAGUGUACAGCCCCUCAAGUACACGUACCAAAAGAGGAUGAGAGUGAAUCCAUUACUUAUGUCCCUCAGUCUCUUUCAAAGCGGCCCUUACAGAUGUUGGUCAUUCCAGCUGCUUCAAAGCGAAGAAGCGACAAAUUUGUAACUAAACUUGACAAUUCUCUGAGUCCUUUGGGGAGUCCUUCCAAGGCCCCUUUGGAAUCAGACUUGCAAGCUUUAGAGACUGAGAUAUAAAUUGAAUAUGAAUAUUAAGGCACUAGGUCUGUGAGUCAACGUCUAUAGUAGACUGUAGUAGUUAUAGUAAACAAACAAACAAGUUAUUUAUUAUUUAUUUAUUUAUUCAUUUAUUUUAUUAGUAGUUUGAAUGAGAUGAUGUA